AUGGGACGCCGAAAUCGUAACGUUAACAAAUUUGCUCAACGCAAACGAGAUAAGAGAGAACAGGAGAAAAAUCCACAGACGAAGCCGGCAGAAGAUACACGCAAACACUAUGAAGAUAUUGUAAGAGAAAAUGCUUCUUUUGAAGAAUAUUAUAAGGCUCAAUGCAUAUGCCCUGAACAGGAAUGGCCUCAAUUCAUGAGUGCUCUUAAAGAGAAUUUACCAACCGCUUUUAGAAUAACUGGUUCUAAAUGUGAAGCUAAUGCCUUAAUGAAAAUUGUAAAGAGUGAAUACUUCUCAGAUAUUUUAAAUAUGAAAUUGAAAGUUGAGGGCCAUGAGGAGGAAGAAAUUAAACCUAUUAAUUUACCUUGGUACCCUGGUGGUCUAGCAUGGCAAUUACGUGUAUCUCGUACUGAUAUACGACGAAGUGAGGCUCUAUAUAAAUUGCACAAUUUCCUAGUCGCCGAAACAGCAGCUGGAGGUGUCUCACGCCAAGAAGCUGUUUCUAUGAUACCGCCUGUUGUAUUACAAGUUGAACCUCAUCAUAAGGUGUUGGACAUGUGUGCGGCUCCAGGCUCAAAAACAGCUCAACUAAUUGAAUUUUUACAUUCUGAUGAAGAAAAAAUGCCAACAGGAUUUGUGAUCGCAAAUGACGUUGAUAAUAGCAGAUGUUAUAUGCUGGUACAUCAAGCCAAAAGGCUCAACUCUCCGUGCAUACUCAUCACUAAUCAUGAUUCUGCUGUCAUGCCAGCCCUGACUAUUACUGACCCUGAGAAUCCUGAGUGUACAAAGCCCUUGAAAUAUGACAGAGUGUUAUGUGAUGUGCCAUGCUCUGGUGAUGCUACUCUAAGAAAAAAUCCAGAUAUCUGGCUUAAAUGGUCUACGGGGAAUGGCAACAAUUUACAUGGGAUUCAGUAUAGAGUACUCCGACGUGGUUGUGAAUUGUUGGAAAUUGGCGGACGCGUGGUUUACUCCACUUGUUCCUUUAACCCCGUAGAGAAUGAGGCGGUAGUCCAUCGACUGUUACAAGAAGCAGGCGAUUCUGUUCACCUAGUUGAUGCCAGUGAAAGUUUACCAGGAUUGAAAUUUAAGAAAGGAAUGACAUAUUGGCGACCGGCUUCCAAAGACAUGGUGUUCUACGAGAAGUAUGAAGAUGUACCGGAAAAAUGGCAGACUGUAGUAAGACCGCAGAUGUUUCCGCCUUCACCGGAAAAUGCAGAAAAGUACCAUUUAGAUAGAUGUAUUAGAAUACUACCCCACCACCAAGACACGGGAGGAUUUUUCGUUGCGGUCUUAGAAAAGAAAGCGCCACUCCCUUGGGAAAAAGACGGGAAAGACCAAGAAAAUGCUGAAAGCACUCCAUCAAAACCUGAGCCGCCGAAAAAAAGAAGAAGAAUGGGAGGUUAUAGAGAAGAUCCAUUUGUUUUCUUCUCGGGAGAAAAUGAAGAUGUCUUCCCAUGUAUAAAAGAGUAUUAUGAGUUGAAGGAAGAUUUCGAUCCUACCUGCCUGCUUACGAGAUGUCACAUAGGUAAAAAGAAAAAUAUCUACCUGGUGUCGCCCAUUGUUAAAGACGUGGUACAGAGGAACGACAAGAACAUCAAGAUCAUCAACACGGGUGUGAAAACUUUUGUGAGAUGCGAUAACAAGAAUAUGACUUGUCCUUUUAGGUUAUCACAAGAAAGCCUACAGAGUAUAUGCCGAUUCAUAGGCGCCAAACGUCGCCUGCGCAUAUUGAAAGAAGAUCUGAUACUGGUUUUACAAAAUGACAAUCCAAGUAAUCCGCCCGAAAUCAAACAAUUUUCAGAACAUACUCAAAGCUUGGUUAAAGAUUUUGCCACUGGAAGCUGUGUUCUGGAAUAUAAAGAUGAAGAGUUAGAUUUAAUACUCGUGGGUUGGCGAGGUGUCCAUUCCCUACGAGCCUACACCGCGACCCCGGAUACAGUUCAUUACCUGAGACUAUUGGGCGCGGACUAUAGUAAAUACGAUAUCAACAAAUUCAAGAAAGCAUCGGAUGUCCCAGAUGAAACCACAGAUGUUACAGAAAAUUCACAAGCGAGUGAAAUGGACACGAGUAACGGAGACAGUAAGGAAAUAGAAGAACAAUAG